UGCCACGCGACCACCACGCGACCUUGCUAAUGCCUCCCAUUCCCUCCACGUUCGACGAAGAAACCUCUCAGACGAUAGCGUCCAUCGAGAGGCGUCAGAAUGACAUAUCGCAGUUCCAAAUACCACGUCUGCGUGCAUGUAAAGGACCGCUAGCUGCCCAGCAAAAUCUAGCGGCAGAGUUGAGAGAGGACCUUGAUACCAUUGCGCGACAAGUGGAAGGACUAGAUUUGAUGGUUGGAGACCAGCGAGGAGAGAAGAAUCGGAGAGACUUGCAACAAAUAGUGGACGGACUCAAACACGCGCUCGCCAGUCUCAGAAAGGAUACACGAGCAGCGCUUUUAGAGUCCAAGCGUACCAUCGAUGCUUUGAGCAGGUCGAAUCGGGAAGAGCUACUAAAAUCCUCGGCCGUCACUGAGAAAUCAGACGAGAAAGUAACGGAGGAUACAUUAAUGCAGGCUAAUCAGACUGUCACGGAGGCCUUGCGGCGGACAAUUGGCCUCAUGCAAGGGGAACUGGAGCGGUCGGUUGCAGCAACUCAGCUGUUAGAUGCUUCCACAGCUUCCUUGCGCGCCACAUCGACGACUCACGACAUGCUCACGAAUGUACUGGACACCUCCAAACAGCUCAUCACCGCCCUUGAGAAAACUGACUGGAUGGACCGCAUCUUAAUCAUAUCUGGAUUGGUUUUCUUCACCCUUGUGGUUCUCCUCAUCUUGAAACAGAGGUUGGUAGAUCGGGGUAUUCGAAUAGCCUUCUGGUGGACGCGGUUCAUCCCCGACUUUGGCGGUGACGAAGCCCUGCUGUCCAUGGAAGAAGGGAUUAAAGCAACAACGUUGGCUACGACGCUGGCGUCGGCUGCUGCGGGAUCUGUCUCUGCGGCAGUGUCUCUAGCGACGUCCUCUCUUGUCGAAGUGUCGGUCUCAAGCGUAUUAUGGGAUUCCAGUACAACGGACUCCGCUACAGAAGCAACGAUGUCUCCACCAAAUACAUUUAUCACUACAACAACCGAUACUAUCAUGUCUUCAGCUACAGAGACUUCGCAUGAUGAACUAUAGUCCGCGGUGUAUCACAUCUUUCUUUGAAUAUUAUCGCAUAAUCUGCUCUCCUUGGGAGAAGGACUGACAGAAAGUGAUAGGCCUCAAU